UGUGUUUAAGCAGAAGGCACUUAUGGUAUUACCGCUUCCGUUUGCAGAGUGGAGCUGGAAAUGGAAAAGGAAGUUGCGGGAAGAGGAACUGAUAUCAGCGGUCUGGACGCCAACCACGGUCCGCCAGGGGACUCGGCUUCGUUCUGCGCGAGUCGCUUCCUUCAGGAGCGAGUUUGCAGAGGAAUCGUCCAGGAGCCUUAGCUGGACGAGAAUAUGGCAGAGGUAGACCUGAGCAGCCUGGACAUCCUUCUAAGGAGACAUAAACAGUCCUCAUGUUUCUGCCUUCUGCAUAACUGGCUGAGAAAAAAAGUUACGCAUCAGUCUACUACCCUCAUGCGAUGGAAAGCGAGCAAGAGCGAUGAGAUCCUGAGCAUUGUUGAUGCCACGCAAAAGCCAUCAAACUGGGAACUGUUAGUGAGAUAAGUGUCUCUCUUAGUUAUUGCUCUGCUCACGGCCCACCUUGCUCCUCGUAGGGAAAACCCAUAAGGUAGGGCUAGGUUUGUAAGAAAAGGUUCCUAACUAGCUGUGGUUACAAGGGAGACAAGAUCCCCAAUUUCAGGGGCUUAUAAUUUCUCUGGCCAGGAGAAGUGUGUCCUAUGCAGCAGAAGGUUGGAUCCAAGAGGAUGACUCCAGGUGGUGAGUUACUUGCCUUGCUCUCAUGUUUCUCUGUCUUCUCUAGUGCGUUGGCCAACUCUCUCUUUUUCUCAUCUUCUCUUCUCUCCUUGAGCAGUCUCACUUCAUAGGACACGGGUAGUUGUGCAUUUCCGCAAGUGAGGUCUCGGGAGCCGUGGAGAAGUAGGAGCGGAUGAAAAUCAUGCAGGGCAGUGCAUGCAAGCGUGGAGCACUGACUGUCGGUGUUAACUCUGUCUCUGUUCAUCGAGUGGGGCCAAUGCGUGGAUGUGGUACAAAGAGUUUACUCCCCUCAUCGGAUGGAAAGCGAGUGAGAGCAGUGAGCCUGCAAGCAUUGUUGAUGCAAGCCAGGAGCCGUCCAGUUGUCAGCGGAGAGUCGCUACUGUCGGCUGCAACGUUACAUCCCAUCCUUCCAGGGACCAGGGAAGGGACAUGGCUGCUGUGGGGCCAGUUCAGGGGCCAGUGACUUUCGAGGAGGUGGCUGUGUAUUUCACCGAGGAAGAGUGGGCUCUGCUGGACCCCGCUCAGAGAGCCCUCUACGGAGACGUCAUGCAGGAGAACUAUGAGAAUGUGACCUCGCUGGGGUUCCCAGUUUCCAAACCCGAUGUCAUCUUCCAGCUGGAACGAGGGGAAGAAACAUGGGCCCCAGAUCUCUGGGGCUCAGAGGAAAGAGAGAUCCUGAGAGGCAGCCAUGUGGCAGGUGAUGGGAUGGUGAGAGAGACCGUGGAGCAGAAUCCUCAGCAGGAAGAUGAGCAAGUGGAACCGCAGGGGACAUUAUUACAAAAAUGCAAAGGGCGUGUGUCCAGGAGUUGUGAGCAGAAAAGGCUCUCAGGGGCAACAUAGACCAGAGAAGCGGCAGGGAAACCAGCCAGUGCAGAAAGUUGGAAUACUUGUUAAUUAUCAGGGAACUCACAAAAGCCUCAAGGAAACCAUAUCUCAGCAGAGAAUUCUGACGGGAUAGAGAAAUAAUACGGGCUCUGAGUGUGGGGGAAAAUGUUCAGGAGGCACUCACACUUUAUUACCCAUCAGAGAAUCCACACCAGAGUGAGACCCUAUGGUUGCUGCGAGUGCGGGAAAAUCUUCCCUUGGAGCUCAGAGCUUAUUAUACAUCAGAGGAGGCACACAGGAGAGAAACCCUAUAAAUGCUGUGAGUGCGGGAAAACCUUUGCUCAGAGCUCAGGCCUUAUUCACAUCGGAGGAUCCACACAGGGAUAAUAAGGUUUAAGAAACCUUAUGAAUGCUGUGAGUG